GUGAGCUGGUGCUGUGCAGAGCACCUGCUCAGACACUGCGGUGUGAAGACAUCGAUCCAUCCUCCGGACGGGGCGCCACACAGGGGACGCCGGCUGCAGGUGAGACGGCCAAACCGACGACCGCGGUCAUCAAAGUGGAGGACGACGAUGAGACCUGGGGCUGCUCUGCUCAGGACACAGAUCUUAUUCCUGUUGUUGACGAACAGACGACAGACGCAGAAGCUCCGCCCCUGCUGACUAAACAGGAAGUAACGGAGGAAGGUGGCGGUUCUACUCGAGCUUGGGCGAGCGAGGAAGUCAGCUCCACUUCAGUGUGCGUCCAGAAUACGACAAACACCAGCCAGAGUUUAGAAACCGGCAGCUUCGACUGUCUGAUGUUCGAGCCACAGCUUCAGCACGGCUCAAUGAGUACCCAGAAUCCUUUGCCAGAGGAUCCCAGCUGCUCGUACGCGUCGAACACCAGAGGGAGAGUUUCAGCUGCGUCCGAUUCGGGCAGCGUUUCUUUCACCGUCGGGGAGCUGAGCCCGCCGGUGGCAGAGUGCAGACAGCCUGCAGGCUUACAGAACAACCAGCAGAUGGCGCUGCAGCUUCCUGCGAGAAAAGAGACGAGAGAGAGGCAAAGUGCUUUCCUCAGACGGGACCGGUGGAGACAUCUGGACGCCGCGAGCAGGGUGUCCAGUAACAGCGGGGAGGACAGCGCGGGGAAAACGUUUGUGUGCAACUACUGCGGGAAAACUCUGGCCUGCCUGAAGAACCUGAAGACCCACAUGAGGGUCCACACGGGCGAGAAGCCGUACGUCUGCAUGCUCUGCGGAAAACGCUUCUCCGACCCCAGCAACCUGAAACGCCACCAGAGGGUGCACACGGGAGAGAAACGCUACAACUGCGUCCACUGCGGCAAACGCUUCGCCCAGUCGGGAUCCCUGAAGGUCCACAUGAGCGUGCACACGGACUGCAAGCAGUUCAGGUGCUCGCACUGCGGCAAGAUCUUCAUCUCCAGCAGCCACCUGCGCCGCCACGUCACCACGCACGCUGAAGAGAAUAGAUUAACGCUUUAG